AUGCCUCGUCAAGGAAGAUCGGGUGGCGGAAGCAGGGCACCUUCUCGCCCUACAGUCGCCCCUCAAAGACCAGCACCACACCAAACUCGACCAGCGACAACAGCCGCGCAUCCUCCGGCACAGACACAUCAAACCGCAAACCCUCCAGCAACUCAAGCCCCUCAAGGCUCAGCAGGUCCGGGUUUGUUCGGCCAGAUGGCAAGCACAGCAGCAGGUGUCGCUGUCGGAAGUAGCAUUGGCCAUGCCAUCGGUGGCUUUUUCGGCGGUGGAUCGAGUGCUCCAGCGGACGCACAACCACAGCAAGGAGCUGUCGCGACUUCGGGGCAGCAAGAACAGAGUAACUGGGGCGCCAGAAGCUGCGAGGUGGAUGCUAAGCAGUUCACCAAGUGCUUGGACGAAAACAGUGGAAAUAUGCAAAUCUGCGGCUGGUAUCUAGAACAACUUAAAGCAUGCCAAUCCGCCGCCAGCCAAUACUAG